UGAAAACAGACAAACCAUCGCAAGAAAAAUUACUUCGAGAACAAGAUAAGUGGAAUUAACACAGCUUCAAGGAUGCCAGCUACGUUAGCACCCGCGAUUGGAAUCGAUCUUGGAACAACAUAUUCUUGUGUUGGAGUUUUUCAACAUGGUAAAGUUGAGAUUAUUGCCAAUGAUCAAGGCAACCGAACAACUCCAAGUUAUGUUGCCUUCACUGACGUCGAACGCUUGAUCGGGGAAGCAGCUAAGAACCAAGCAACGCUGAACCCAAACAACACUAUUUUUGAUGCCAAAAGACUGAUCGGUAGGUCAUUUGACGAUCCUACUGUGCAAUCGGACAGAAAAAAUUGGCCUUUUCAAGUCAUCAAUGAAUCUGGCAGGCCGAAAUUCCGCGUUCAGAGCAAGGAAACAUGGAAGACAUUCACUCCAGAAGAAAUAAGCUCUAUGGUGUUAACAAAAAUGAAAGAAACAGCUGAAGCUUACUUGGGACAGACAAUCAAGGAUGCAGUCAUUACAGUGCCUGCUUAUUUCAACGACUCGCAGAGGCAGGCCACUAAAGAUGCUGGGAUGAUUGCAGGAUUAAAUGUUAAAAGAAUCAUCAACGAACCUACAGCCGCUGCUCUUGCUUACGGCUUGGACAAAAACCUCAGCGGUGAAAAGAAUGUUCUGAUUUUCGAUCUGGAUGGAGGAACGUUUGAUGUUUCCAUACUGACCAUUGAUGAUGGAUCUCUGUUCGAGGUACGAUCAACGGCUGGUGACACGCAUCUUGGCGGAGAAGAUAUCGACAAUCGCAUGGUGAACCAUUUUGUAGAAGAAUUCAAGCGCAAGUACAAGAAGGAUCUGAAAGGAAACUCACGGGCGCUGCGUCGCCUGAGGACCGCUUGUGAACGAGCCAAGAGGUCGCUAUCAAGUAGUACGCAAGCAAGUAUUGAGAUCGAUUCACUGGCAGAAGGAAUUGAUUUCUACAGCAAGAUUACCCGUGCAAAAUUUGAAGAACUGUGCAAUGAUCUCUUCCGUUCCUGUUUGGAACCAGUAGAGAAGGCGCUCAGAGAUGCUAAACUUCAAAAGAACCAAAUCCAUGAGGUAGUUUUGGUUGGCGGUUCCACAAGGAUCCCCAAGGUACAGCAGCUUCUGGAGGAAUUUUUUGAUGGCAAACAGUUAAACAAGUCCAUCAAUCCUGACGAGGCAGUAGCAUAUGGUGCGGCUGUGCAAGCAGCUAUCUUGGCUGGAGACCAAAGUGCUGAAAUCAAAGAUGUUCUCUUGCUCGAUGUUACUCCCUUGAGCCUUGGUAUAGAGACCGCUGGUGGAGUUAUGACCACACUGAUUGAGCGCAACAGUCGAAUUCCAGCAAAGACUUCAAAAGAGUUCACAACCUACUCGGACAAUCAGCCAGGUGUUACCAUUCAAGUGUACGAGGGAGAGCGCGCAAUGGUAAAAGACAACAACCUCUUGGGAAGAUUUGAGCUGACAGGAAUCCCUCCUGCACCGCGAGGCGUCCCCAAGAUUGAAGUCUCCUUCGACAUCGACGCCAACGGUAUCGUAAAUGUCUCCGCCAAGGACCAGAGCACAGGGAAGACGAAUGCUAUAACCAUCACUAAUGACACGGGAAGGCUCUCUAAAGGAGAAAUCGACCGCAUGGUCGCUGAUGCCGAAAAGUACAAGAAAGAAGAUGAGAUGCAGCGGGAAAAGAUUGCUGCAAGAAACAGCUUGGAGAGUUACGUGUACAGCGUAAAACAAACAGCAGAAGACCCAAAUGUGGUGAACAAGCUGAACGCUGAUGAUCUGGAGAUAGUAAAGAACAAGACUCAGGAAGUGAUGGCUUGGCUGGACAGGAAUUCAAUGGCAGAUAAAGAGGAAUAUGAAGAGAAACAGAAAGAUCUUCAGCAAGUUUGCUCCCCUAUCAUGGCCAAGUUACAUGGUCAGCAGCAACCGCAACAGGGUUACAGUUCUUCCGAUGGGCCCACAGUGGAGGAAGUUGACUAAUUCAAGUUACUCUGUGGCAACAUCAGUGACAUUUAAGCGUAAUGUAGUCAUACGACAUUCAGUGUACUGACAUUGCAAAACUUCGGAGCUUUGUUACUUUUUAUUUUAUCGUUAUAUUAUUUCAAGUUCAUUUUCGUGCCUAAGGGCUAGGUCGGCUGUAUAUCAUUUUUUAACUUUAUUAGAACAUUGGCAGUAUAUACAAUCAAAGUCGUAAAAGUUAAUUACACUAAGACAUCGAUAAAGCUUUUGUGAGUUUUUUAAAAAAAUUUUAAAGUGUGUUCAAAAAAUUAUUUUCGUAGUAGCUAAUUGUAAGUCCUAUUUGGUUUUAUUAGAUAAUGAGAAAUAUCACCUUGCUUUCUUUGUGCAGCUUGUCGAGAAAAGUAACAUGUAGUUCGGACAAGAGAGAAUAAUGUCGGUAUUCUCUCUUGGUUUGGAUAGUUAUUAUAUUUUAUUAUCAGUUUUGGAUCAAUAUAAAGUGUAACGCGACACCUAGUUUAGUGUAGAGCUGUAUACCAAUUCUUUCAGUAGUAAAGUGUUAUUAUUUCUCAGUAUCUGACUUCUAGUGUUUUGUCAUCUGUACUCAAUGGGUUAGGGUUUUACCGGCUCUGCAGUGGGGGAG